UUAUCAGCAUUUAGUGUCUUAUUAAUAGGCACCACCCUUAUCCACGGUAAAGCUUUACCCGAUCCAAAACCUCCCUUGCUUGGCCAACCACAAAAGCAACCACAAUCCCAACAACUACAACCUCAACCCUCCAAAAAUGUUGCCUUCGAUCAACAAACAUCCGAAUCUCAAAUCUCACAAGUUGCCCAACAGAGAAUAGAUUUGGACGAAGAGUAUCAUCAUCACCACCAUGAACACCAUCACGAUCCAGGCUAUUGGAAAAAGAAGGUAACGUGGAAAGAGGGUUGGAAGAAAAUUUGGAAACCGGCGAAAAAACAAAUUUGGAUACCACAAUGGAAACAGAUUUGGAAACCCGUUUGGGUACCGGUAAAGGUACCCGCUUGGAAAGAAGUAAAGGUGCCGGCAUGGAAACAAAUUUGGAAACCAGUGUGGAAAGAAAUUCAAGUGCCAGCUUGGAAGGAGAUACAAGUACCAGAUUGGAAGAAAAUCUGGAAACCGGUAUGGGUACCCACUAAAGUACCUGCCUGGAAGGAUAUACAAGUUCCAGCAUGGAAACAAAUAUGGGUACCGGUAUGGAAGGAAAUUCAAGUUCCCGCCUGGAAAGAAAUUCAAGUACCCGAAUGGAAACAAUAUUGGACACCCGAAUGGAUCAAAGUGGGUAUACCGGGUGAAAAGUAUCUGGGUAAAGAUCACGAAGGUUGGGAAUACACCAGUCAUGAUUUGUGGAAAAAGAAGCUGAUCUGGAAAUCACAUUGGAAGAAAAUCUGGAAGCCGGCCAAGAAACAAAUUUGGGUGCCAAGUAAAAAACUCGAAUGGAAGGAAGAAUGGAAACAGAUUUGGAAGCCAGCCAAGAAACAAAUUUGGGUUGAUGACAAGAAACUCGAAUGGAAGGAAGCCUGGAAACAGAUUUGGAAGCCAGCCAAAAAACUAAUUUGGGUUCCCGACAAGAAACUCGAAUGGAAGGAAGCUUGGCAACAAAUUUGGAAAACCGAAAAGAAAGAAACCUGGGUUGAAGACAAGAAAUUGGAAUGGAAAGAGGCAUGGAAACAAAUAUGGGUGCCCGGUUGGAAGGAAGUUUGGGUACCCGAUUGGAAGAAGAUUUGGAAACCGGUAAUUAUUUCCGAAUGGUUCCCCUCGCCAGACCAUCAUGAUCAUCAUCAUCAUGAAGUGGAACAUGGUUGGGAUCGUAAAGACAACAAAGGCGAUAAAGUGGUGUGGAAACGUGACGACAAUGCCGCGGGUAGCGUACAAAAAUCCACACAACUGCAACCAGUACAAACAACAAAUUUCCAACAUAAACCUCUGGCCACCGCACAAAAGGAAGCAUCCAAAGCAUUUAAAUUUCCUGGAGCGUAA